GACCUGCACAGCGUCGACCUGGAGGAAUUCAAGCACGGCGGGACCAAUAUCACUGCCUUUCGAUUAGUGGACCCGGAGAAGCCAGAAAUUCAGAAGGUCGUGCAAGAUUGGAUCUAUGGGGAGAAACGUUAUAAUCGGGAGCUCGAUAUGGGACAAAGCUCCAACAAGAACAACCUCACUUGCAUAAAGACCGAGGCGUCCCUGAUGUACGACGCCGUACACCUGUUCGCGAAAGCGCUCCACAAUUUGGAUACCACGCAGCAGAUCGACAUCAACCCGCUGUCCUGCGAGUCGACCGACACCUGGCCCCACGGAUACUCGCUGAUCAAUUACAUGAAGAUCGUCGAAAUUACUGGACUCACAGGAAUCAUCAAAUUUGAUCACCAAGGAUUCCGCUCGGACUUCAUCCUGGAUAUCAUCGAAUUGAAUAACAAGGAGGGGCUGAAGAAAAUAGGAACUUGGAACAGCACGAAGGGGAUAAACUUCACAAGAAGUUACAAAGAGGAGUACACCCAGAUCGUGGAGAAUCUGCAAAAUAAAACUUUCAUCGUGACAACCAUACUGAGCGCGCCGUACUGCAUGAGGAAGGACUCGAGCGAUACGCUCACCGGAAAUGCGCAGUACGAGGGCUACAGCGUCGACUUGAUUUACGAGAUAUCGAGAAUCCUCGGCUUCAAUUACACAUUCCGGUUGGUGCCGGACGGACGGUACGGGUCCUACAACAAGCAGACGAAAGAGUGGGACGGGAUGAUGAAAGAAUUGCUUGAUCAGAAGGCGGAUCUGGCGAUCGCCGAUCUCACCAUCACGUACGAUCGGGAGCAGGCGGUCGACUUCACCAUGCCGUUCAUGAACCUGGGUAUCAGCAUACUUUAUCGCAAGCCUAUAAAGCAGCCGCCGAAUCUGUUCUCAUUCCUCAGUCCCUUGAGCCUCGACGUUUGGAUUUAUAUGGCAACUGCUUAUCUGGGCGUCUCAGUGCUGCUCUUCAUACUCGCCAGAUUCACCCCGUACGAGUGGUACAAUCCUCAUCCGUGCAACAAAAACCCGGACCAUCUGGAGAACCGCUUCAAGCUGCUCAACUGCAUGUGGUUCACCAUCGGAUCCUUAAUGCGGCAGGGCUGUGACAUUCUGCCCAAGUUCAGCCCCUACGAGUGGGAGAAUCCCCAUCUGUGCAACGGACAGUCCGAGGUCCUCGAGAACGAGUUCACCCUGAUGAACUCGCUCUGGUUCACCAUAGGCUCGCUCAUGCAGCAAGGCUCUGAUAUAGCGCCGAAGGCCGUGUCAACUCGCAUAGUGGCGGGGAUGUGGUGGUUCUUCACUUUGAUCAUGAUUUCUUCGUACACUGCCAACUUGGCCGCGUUCCUCACCGUCGAGAGGAUGGAUUCGCCGAUCGAGAGCGCCGAGGAUCUCGCAAAGCAGACGAAAAUCAAAUACGGCGCCCUCAAAGGAGGCAGUACCGCGGCCUUUUUCAGGGAUUCCAAUUUCUCGACGUACCAGCGUAUGUGGUCCUUCAUGGAUUCGGCAAAGCCAGAGGUAUUUACAAAUAGCAACGUCGAGGGCGUGGAUCGAGUGAUCAAGGGUAAAGGCAGCUACGCAUUCCUAAUGGAAUCCACUUCUAUCGAAUACGUAAUCGAGAGGACCUGCGACCUCACUCAAGUCGGCGGUCUCCUGGACUCGAAAGGAUAUGGCAUAGCUAUGCCGCCUAAUUCACCAUACAGAACGGCUAUAAGCGGAGCGAUCCUGAAACUGCAGGAAGAGGGGAAGCUGCACUUGCUGAAGACGCGCUGGUGGAAGGAGAAACGCGGCGGUGGAUCUUGCAGGGAUGAUACAUCGAAGAGCAGCUCGACGGCGAACGAACUGGGCCUCGCCAACGUCGGCGGCGUGUUCGUGGUUCUGAUGGGCGGGAUGGGCAUCGCAUGCGUGAUAGCAGUGUGCGAGUUCGUUUGGAAAAGCCGGAAGGUCGCCAUUGAGGAACGGAAGUCCGUGUGCUCGGAGAUGGCGAGCGAGCUCCGCUACGCCCUGGACUGCGGCAACGGCACGAAAAAGCCGGUGAAAAAGCCGCUGUGCCGUCGCGAGAGGGAGCAGUCCAAUCUGUCGAUCGUCUCCGAGGAGGGCAAGUACCCGGCGUGCAACAAGUACAGGCACUUCGUCGGGAAAGCGCCGCUAACCUACGAGAUCUUAUUGCAAAUAAAUCUGCGCCAGACUGUCCGCUUAUGCUUGACGACUCGCCGAUUUCAACAGGUCACGUCGAGUCCGCUUCUUUUCUCCACGAAUGACCAUAUGAUGCUGAUCAAGUGUCUGCCAUUCGUCUUCGUAUCGUGUGCCCUGGCGUUCUCCAAGAGGGUGCAUAUAGGAGGGCUCUUCGACGAUGGCGACGAGAUGCAGCGAACUUUCGAGACGUCCGUUAAAACGAUCAACAAAGAUCGCCACGUUAACCAGGAGUUCGCAAAUGUGUUCCUCGUCGCAGAUUCCAUGGAAGUCGAUACAGAUCCAUAUGACGUGGCACUCAAAGUUUGCGAAAUGAUGGGCACUGGAGUGGCAGCGAUUUUCGGGCCCAAGAAUAGAAUCUGCUCGGAUCACGUGCAGAGUAUAUGCGACACCAUGGAAAUACCGCAUAUUUAUGCGAGGUGGGAACCCUUGCCGGUCCGUGGAAAAGGAAUAAACUUGUACCCCCACGCAGAAACACUUUCGAAGAUCUUCGAUCAAUUAAUCACCGAAUUUGAGUGGAAAUCGUUUGCCAUUUUAUACCAAGAUACAGACAGCUUGAUACGUGUUCAUCGUAUACUGGAACGCGUGGAUGCUCGCGCGCAGCGUGGACGUAUUAUCUUCUUAUACCAUUUGGGAGACGGUCCUAAUUACAGGAAGGUGAUGCAGGAGAUAAAAGAGGAGGAAACUGAGAACAUUGUGAUUGAUUGUUCAAUCGAAAUUCUCGCGGAGGUGCUGAAACAGGCGCAGCAAGUCGGCAUUAUGUCGGAGAAGAACAGAGUCAUAGUGACUUCUCUGGAUCUUCAAACGAUAGAUCUCGAACCCUAUCAAUUCUCCGGGGUGAACUUUACCGGGGUUAGGCUGAUAAACCCUGAGAACACUGUGGUGUCGAGCAUCGUGGAAAUGCACAAAAAUGAAUGGGGUUUAGAGGCGUCUAAGUUACGCGUUGAGCCUGCUCUCAUAUAUGACGCUGUGCAACUUUUCGCAAGGGCCUUCAAGCAUUUAAAGGACGCCAUUAAGGGUGACGUGAAACAAUUAUCCUGCAACGGCAGUUUAAGUUGGGAGCAUGGCUACAGUUUGAGCAACUUUAUGCGUCUCGGCGAAAUGGAAGGUUUGACCGGUUUGAUUAAGUUCGACACGGCCGGGUUCCGCAGCGAUUUCCAGUUGGACGUGGUGCGCGUGACGGAAGACGGCUUGAAGAAGAUCGGAAUGUGGAACAGCACGAACGCCAUCGAAUGGGUGUCGGAAAGUCGUCCUCCGAAGUCACAGCUCGAGUUGAGUCUGCAGAAUACAACGUUCAUCGUCAUGAUAGCUAUCAGUCACCCUUACGGAAUGCUGAAGCAAUCCGCGGAAACGAUGACCGGAAAUGAUCGUUACGAGGGAUUUGGAAUCGAUAUAAUUCACGAGCUCAGCAAGAUGCUCGGUUUUAAUUACACGUUUGAAGUGCAAAGCGAUAACGUGUACGGAUCCUACUCUGCGAAGGCGAAAAAAUGGACUGGAAUGCUCGGCAAAGUUAUUGCUGGUGAGGCACAUCUGGCUAUUACCGAUCUGACAAUUACCUCGCAACGAGAGUCAGCGGUCGAUUUUACGAUGCCUUUUAUGAAUUUAGGGAUAAGUAUCCUGUAUCGAAAGCCAACUCAGACACCGCCCAGUCUUUUCUCAUUCUUGUCGCCAUUUUCUGCCGGAGUCUGGUGGUAUUUGAUCGGAGCUUACAUAUCCGUGUCACUGCUGCUGUUCGUAAUUGGCAGACUCUGCCCUGCUGAAUGGAACAACCCUUAUCCAUGUAUAGAGGAACCAGAAGAGUUGGAGAAUCAGUUCACUUUUAAGAAUUCCCUGUGGUUCACCAUUGGCAGUAUUAUGCAGCAAGGUUCUGAAAUUGCACCCAUUGGACUGUCAACGCGGAUGAUAGCUACUUCCUGGUGGUUCUUUUGCUUGAUCAUGGUAUCGUCGUACACUGCCAACUUGGCGGCGUUUCUGACGGUCGAAACAGUGGUAUCGCCGUUUUCAGAUGUCGAAGAGCUGGCGAGAAAGAAGACAAUUAAAUAUGGUGCCAAAGAUGGAGGAUCGACGUACACCUUUUUCAAAGAUUCCAACUACCCGACGUACAAGCAGAUGUACGACUACAUGAAAGCGAACUCCAAAGACGUCCUGACCUCGGACAACGACUCCGGUCUGAAGAAGGUACUCAGGGAAGACUAUGCCUUCUUGAUGGAGUCGAGCUCGAUUGAGUACAUAACUGAGAGAUACUGCAACGUAACGCAGAUCGGUGGACUUCUCGAUGCGAAGAGCUACGGGAUCGCUAUGAAAAAAUAUUCUCCUUACCGCCAUGCAUUAAACACUGCCGUGCUGAAGCUGCAGCAAAGUGGUUUGAUCACAGAACUGAAGAAAAAAUGGUGGACGCAAAAACGAGGAGGCGGAAAAUGUCGGGAAGAUGGAGGUGGCAGUCAAGCAGAAGAAUUGGAUCUAGAUAACGUAGGAGGCGUCUUCUUGGUAUUGACUGUGGGUGUUGCAGUAUCCUUCUUUUACACUCUGCUCGAACUUCUUUGGGAAGUUGCUCUUACAUCCAGACGAGAAAACGUUUCGUUCAAAGAAGAAAUCAUGGCUGAAUUCAAGUUCAUCGUAAAGUGUAACAGCGACUCGAAACCGGUGAGAAGAAGAAAAGGAUCAUCGAACAGGAGCAGAGACGACAGUACAAGGGGCUGUACACCACCUUACGGUUUCAUACCUGUGAUUAGAACCUCGAGCUCCGACGACAAGUGAUUCAAACAGUCGAAUGCGAUGAACGAUACGAAUAUCAAAACAAAAAUGUUCGAAGAUGUUGUUUAGCAGAAUGUGACUGGCGCACGUGUAAAUAAAAUUCAUCCAUCUCGAAUGUAAA